AUGACUACAGCUAAAGUGGCGGUAAUCACCGGAACUACUUCCAAUUUAGGAAUUAACAUUGCGUAUCGACUCAUUGAUGAGCUUCCGUCAACAACCAACUUGACAUUGGUUGUUACUUCGCGAACUCUUCCUAGAGCCAAAGAAUGCAUUGACCAAAUCAACCAGUACCGCAUCAUGCGGUAUCCUACUCGGGAAGGUCAAGUAGAGUUUGAGUAUGUGCUUGUCGACUUUGCCGAUAUGAUAUCUAUUGUCUCGGCGUACUAUGAAUUGACCCAGAGAUUUACGAAGAUCGACUACUUGUUCGUAAAUGCUGCUCAAGGUGUAUACGACGGUAUAGACUGGAUGGAAGCGUUCAUGGAAGUAUUUAUGAACCCCGUGGAUGCAGUGACCAAUCCUUCGUAUAAAAAACAACGAGUAGGAGUCCGCUCCGAAGACGGUAUGGGAUUGGUGUUCCAAGCCAAUGUGUUUGGACCUUAUUACUUUAUUCACAAGUUAAUACCACUUUUAAAAGACGGAGGUAAGAUCAUUUGGAUCUCUUCUCUUAUGGGAUUGGCCAAACAUCUUAGCUUUGAAGAUUUACAGCUUGUUAGAUCAAUUGCUUCCUACGAAGGGUCCAAAAGAUUGGUUGAUUUGAUGCACUAUGGUACAUACAAAACAUUGAAAUCUGAUUACGGCAUUGAACAGUAUUUGGUACAACCAGGUAUCUUUACUAGUUUCUCGUUCUUCCAAUACUUAAACUACUUCACCUAUUACGGCAUGCUUAUGUUGUUCUACAUUGCUCGAUGGUUAGGCUCACCCAACCACAACAUUCUGGGGUACAUUGCUGCCAAUGCCCCGGUCGCUGCAGCCAUCAGUAAAGACUCACAGGACCAGAAAUAUAAAAUCGGUUCUGCAACCACUGCGACAGGUAAGGCAUACAUAAAAUACGAGGAAGUGGAUGAUUCUGGUGCAGAGGACGUUGUGGCUUAUUUGGAUACUCUUGUUAAGGAAUGGGACGACAAGUUAAAAGACCAAAUAACCAACUCCAGACAAAUUUAA